GCAAAAGGUUCCUGCUUUCUAGAAAACAACACCUCGCAGAAUGUUUUCUAAGGACUACAUACAACACAAGAGAAUGCUCUAAGGAUCAAAGUACAACAGAAGUUUUGCAAUAUAACGCAUAGAGAUAAAGUAAACUACUGUUCAGAUUAUUUUUGUUUGAACAAUGGACAUCCUAGCUAUCUGCUUGUGGUCUUUGUGCCUUUUGCUUCUUCUUGCAGUGCUGUCCUUUAUUGUCCUCUGCUGCUAUGUUAAAUACAUGCACGUCAAGUAUGAUUACAUCCCGGGGCCACCAAGGGAUAGCUUUCUGCUUGGACAUGCAGCUUUAAUUCAGAAAAUGACAGAACAACAGAAAAACCCACAUGAUAUGUUUUUGCAGUGGAUGGAGAAAUAUGGUCCUGUGGUCAGAAUCAAUGCAAUGCAUAUAGUGUUAAUAUUUAUUAGCAGCCCUGAAGCAGUGAAGGAGCUCCUGACAACAUCAAAAUACAGUAAGGACCCACAAACUUACAGCAAAAUGUUUCAUCUCUUUGGUGUCAGGUUUCUAGGAACAGGACUUGUGAGCAGCUUGGAUUAUUAUCACUGGCAUAAACAACGUAGAAUAAUGGAUCCAGCAUUUAACCGAUCGUACCUGAUUAGUCUGAUGGGAACAUUUAAUGAGGUAGCUGAACACCUGAUGGAGAAGCUGGAAGAAAAGGCUGAUGGGAAAACACAAGUUAGCAUGUAUAACAUGUUUGCUCGAGUAACUCUGGAUGUUAUUACAAAGGCUGCCUUUGGCAUGGACUACAGCUCCCUUGACGAUGUGCAAAACCCUUUCCCACGUGCUGUUUUCCUGAUCAUGAAAGGCAUGCUUGAGCAGUUCCGUAGACCGUAUAUGAAGAUUCUUCCCAAAUACAAGCAGUUUGUGCAAGAGGUGAAGGACAGUGUCAUUUUACUUCGGCGCACUGGACAGGAAUGCAUUAGACAGAGAAAGAAUGCAAUGCAAAAAGGAGAGGAAGUACCUCAGGACAUUCUCACCCAAAUUUUAAAAAGUGCUGAACUUGAAGAAAGUAUUGAUGAAGAAGCGAUGGUAGAUAAUUUUGUUACUUUCUUCAUUGCAGGUCAUGAAACAACAGCCAAUCAGCUUUCCUCUACACUUAUGGAGUUAACAAGGCAACCAGAAAUUUUGACAAGACUUCAAGCUGAGGUUGAUUGUUUUGUCGGUGAGAAGAAAAACCUAGAAUACGAAGAUCUGAGAAAAUUGCAGUACAUGUCCCAGGUUCUUAAGGAGUCAUUACGCAUGUAUCCCCCCAUCCCUGGGACUUCUCGAACUCUAGAGAAUAGCAUGAUGCUGGAAGGAAUCAGAGUGCCAGCAAAUACUACAAUAGUUUUCAACUCUUAUGCGAUGGGAAGAAUGGAGAAGUUUUUCAGUGACCCUCUUACGUUUAACCCUGAUCGUUUUGCUCCUGAUGCCCCAAAGCCAUAUUAUUGCUACAUUCCUUUCUCUUUGGGACCACGUUCAUGUAUUGGACAAGCAUUCUCACAGAUGGAAGCAAAAGUGAUUCUGGCAAAGCUGUUACAAAGAUAUGAAUUUGAGUAUGUUUCCGGCCAAUCAUAUGAAAUUAUGGAUGCUGGGACUCUCAAACCACGUGAUGGAGUACAGUGCACCAUUAAACCAAGAACUAAUAAAUACUUUUCUUAAUUAUUUAUAAAAGAUGUAACAUACUUUGCAUCAGGCAUGACUGACUAUAAAGUGUGUAUGAGUGUUUCGCAUUCUAAUUUUGUAACUCGUGGGAAGGGUCUCUGGUUCAUUAUAUGUACUUCUAAUGUAGUCUAACACCAUUUCUUAGGGUUGGGAAAAAUACAAACAGUUACAAGACUGUUUAAUAAUAUAUAUCAGAAGUAAUAGCUAUCUUUAUUUUUUUCUAAAUAAUUAGAUACUUUUUCUGUAGUCCUAAUUUUUUGGAGCCCUUCCAAACUUUAAACUGUAACUUGCUAUUUGUUGAAAAUAAACAUUUAUGAAAUUA